AUGGGGAAGCCUUCGGUCUCCGCAUCGCCCAGUCGGCGGUGCGCUGAGUGUGAGCGUAGCUUCGGCAUCACACUGUGGAGGCACAUCUGCGAUGUGUGCCACCACACCGUGUGCGACGACUGUGCCCCUCGCAACACUGAGAGCGUUGACGCCAAGGGUGAAAAGGCGAUGUUGCGUGUUUGCAAGGCGUGCGGUGCCACAGGUCACCGUCUAGGCAGCGCCGCUGGUGGCAACUCCGCUACUGCUACUGCACAGGGCACAGGCACUGCUCGCCCAGACCCACAUAGUGAGGCAGAGAGAGAGCGCCGUGCGCGCAUCAUCGAAGAGCGCAACAAGACACAGAAAAACCGCGGACGCCCUCAGAACGCGGGCGGCGAGGGUGGCUCCAGAGCUGCGGUUGCGAAUGAGCGGCUUGCGCCACCCGCACCGGCAUCUUCAUCUCCCACAUCAGCCCCGCCAAGAGCGUCUGCCUCGCCUCCGGUCGCUCCGCUGCCACCGUCCGCAAACUCUGGCAGCCAAGAGCGUCUGGCCAACCCCGCCUUAGAGGCGGCGGUGCGACGCCAACUGCAGCAGCAAGCGCACGGUCGCGCUGCAGCGUCUUCGCCGGCGGCGAACAUGUCUCCCGAGAAGACGCGUCUCCUUUGCGAGAUCGAGGUCCUCCUGGCGAAGCAUCUCGAGGAUCCGCCGUUUGGCUUGCGGGCAGCGGAUGAAGCGAAGCUGCAUGGGUAUCUUCAGUUCCUGAAGAAGAAGUACCGUUUGAGUGAGUAA